AGUUCUUGUUGGUGGCGACGGAGACGGAGACGGCGACGGCCGCGUUCAAUGUACAAUACUUCUAUAGACAUCAUCAAGUGUAUAGAUCGUAAAAAUUGUAAUUAGUAAAAUGAAGAAAAAAAAAAAACGGUUUUUCAAACCGUUCAAUUUGGCUCAAUUAAAUUUUUUUAGCAAAAUAGCACACGAUUGCGCAAAAACUGAUGGAAACAAGACACCCUGUGCAUUAUGCGGCUCGGGCACAUGGACACUGAUACAGAUCGAACUGUGAAAAGGGCGAACGUCAACACACAACAGCAACAGCAACAGCAAAAGCAACAGCAACAGCACAGCGAAUAGCAAACGAUACGAGAGGAGAAUCUGUGUUAGUGCGCAUAUGAUUUUGACAGUCGAUUUGCCUGUACACUUGCGGCUGCAUGUGUUUGCGUGCGAUGCGCACGCACAUAUUUUGAAGCAGCACAAUGCUUGCUUUUGACGUAUUGCUCGAUUACAUUUCGAAUCCGAAUACAAUUACAAUUACAUCGAAAAAGAAUUGGCUACGAGUACCCAACCAAUGUUGAACACAACCGUUGUAAUAGCAAGCGCGUGUCACACACAAUUCCUAUAUUACAUAUAUGUAUAUAUACGAACGAUGAGAUGGCCUGUUGCGAAGGAGCGAGUGAGGGAACGAGCACACGCGCGCACCAGAGACAUAGCAUGUGUUGUGUAUGAAUAAAAUAGCAUACACUUUUCUGACAUUCGUUUAGUAUAAGUUCUGUUUUAAGUUCAACCAGUUUUCGUUUUUUUUUGUUUGAAUCGCAACACACAACAGUACACACAGUUCAGACCACAUUGCAAUGCGGAUGAACUGACAGUGAGCAGAUAGAGAGAGCCGAGCGAACGAAAAUUUUUGUUUUGGUUUUUUUCCGUAUUUAUUUGUUUUAAUUUGGUUGAAACCGAACUGUCGACUAGCAAUUAAUCAAAUUUUUUAUGCAAUCCGAACCAAUUUCCUUUUAUAACUGAUGAAAGUGUUGUGCAUUUCACCAUAAUAUACACAAAAUUCGCUUCAUGUGAUUUUUCUUUCAAUUGGUUGCUUCAAUUUAACAUCGGCCUCUCUAUCCCGUGAUUUUAUUUGUCCAGAGUAUGUUUCGAUGAAUUUUAUGUGUUUGUUUUUUUUUUGUCGUUAUUAUUAUUGUUGUUGUUGUUGUUGUUGUUGUUGUUCUGAACGCAAUCAUAAAGUGAGCGCCAGUUAAUUGCGUUGCUUGUGUAUAUGUGUGGUUGUUUAUGUGUUUACGGAGUGUGCGGAGAAGACAAUUGAAUUGAAUCGAAAAGUGUUAAUCAAAAGAAAGAAUAGUUCCUUAUAGUCUAAUUAAGAUGAAAAGAUGCAAACACAUAUUUUACAACGUCUCUAAACGAAAUUAAUUUACACAACAACAACAGCAUCAAUCCAACAGACAAAACAAGGAAACAAAACAACAGCCGCACAUUUCGACACCAUAAUUGCGUACCCAAAACUAAAUCAAAAAAAAAAAUGUGUUGUGCACACCAGUGAAUUAAAUUCGAUCCGAAUUGUGUGGAAAUUUGUAAACUUUUUUGGUUUUUAUUUUGCGCGUUGUGUUCGCGCUGCGGUCACUGUUUGUUGUCAUUAUUCCGUUUUUAUUUCAUUUUAAUUUGUAAUGCUUUUUUAUUGAUUUAUUGAGCGGUUGUUCGUGCUUUUGAGUUCAAAUAGUUGAUCAAUUUGUUUAAAGUGAGUGUGUAAACAUCACAUGAAAUCGAUGAAUCCAAAUGAGUCAUCUGCUGUUUGUCUGAAAUUUCCCUAUUACUUUCCGAUCGUUCCAUAUUAAGAAGAAGAACAAAAAAGAAAAAGAGAAUACCCCCUCCCCCCCACAUUUGAUUACAAUCACGUGUGAUUUUUAAUAAAAACGGCAGGAAAAUAUGCUCCAGUAGACAUAUUAUAAUCAGUCAUUGGGUAAUGUAGCAUGUGCUACAUUUUUCUCUCGCUCUUUAUCGAGAUUACAGAGCCGACUACAACAACAACACUUUUUUGACUGUGAAAAAUAGCAUCAACAACAACAUCAUUCGCAGCAAAGCUCCGGAUUUUCAAACGAAAACCGAAAACAUGUCAUUAAGCCGAGAGGUGCGCUUGCAGGGCAAGUGCAAACUAGUUAAAUGUAGUCGUCAUUUCAAUCAAAACGGAUUGGUGGGCGAUCGAAUUUAUGGCAACAAUACUGUGACAAGUGAAUGCAAUACCAGUUGGAUUCCAGCCCGGUUGGUGCUAUACUUUUUAUCAUGGUCCGGUUUUCUUGUGUCAUUUAUGAUGCGCAACGAUAUAAAUAUUGCGUUGGUUUCAAUGGUUCGGGGAAACAACAGUAACACUGACACCAUCCUUCAAUCAACCGUUAAUGCAUCCAUGAAUGCUAGUGAUACAAAAGUGCCAAUCGAUGUGGACAAUGGUGAAUUUGAAUGGUCAUCAUCGGUGCAGUCGGUUAUUUUGGGUUCAUUUUACGCUUGUUAUGUUUUAUCUCAGGUGGUUGGCGGCGUAGCUACUCAGUAUUUUGGUACAAAGAAUGUGUUUGGAUGGUCACAAUUUGUGACGGCCGCAUGUAGUUUAGGAAUACCGCUUGCAUCGUCUUAUCAUUAUAGUGCCUUGAUAUUGCUGCGUUCAAUUCAAGGAUUUGCAUCGGGUUUAACGUGGCCAGCCAUGUAUGCCGUUGUAAGCUAUUGGAUCCCAGCAAAAGAGCGCAGCCGUUUCAUGUCAAGCUUUCAAGGGUUUAGUGUUGGCAUUGGCCUAACGUAUCCGAUGUGCGGUUUCAUUAUCAAUCAUUGGGGAUGGCGAAUUGUCUUCUAUACCAGCGGUUCAAUUGGAAUGUUUUGGUGCUUAAUGUGGUACUUAUUGGCAUACAAUACACCAGAAGAGCAUCCACGCAUAUCGUGCCACGAAUACGAGUACAUUCAACGAAACAUUGAUGACAGCAUUCGGGCUGGACAAGGUAUGAUGGUGCCAUGGCGUAAGAUAUUCACAUCACUACCGGCAUGGGCGAUUGGUGUGACAACAUUUGGUCGCAUUUGGGUGCAUUACACAUUCAUAAUGGGCGGACCGACAUAUAUGAAGAACAUACUUGGCGUUGACAUUCAAACGAACGGAUUGCUGUCGGGCACACCAUUUCUUUGCUCAUACAUUUCAUCGGUAAUCUUCUGCUGGAUAGCCGAUUACAUGAUGGAACGUCAAACGCUAUCGCUGACAAAUAUUCGAAAACUCUUCACCGUCCUGUCCCAAGUAUUACCGGGCAUUUUGGCGCUAUUUAUUGGUUAUUGCACCGAUUUCUAUGUGAUUCUUGUGAUUUGGUUCAUAUCGGUGACAUUUAUAACCGCCUCAUAUGCCGGCCCAAUGGCCAAUAUUGUUGAUAUUGCACCGAAUUUAGCCGGUCCAGUAUUAGCCUUUGCUCAAACGAUUCACAUGAGUGCCUCAUUCUUGAAUCCGGUCGUCAAUGGUCUCAUUGUUACCACCGUUACCGAUGUCAAUCAAUGGAAAUUGGCGUUUAUCACAAUGACAAUAAUCGCUUGCACCACAUAUGUUAUGUUCCAUAUUUAUGGUACGGCCGAAAUACAACCAUGGAAUUAUCCACCAACCAAACUAUUGCCCGAAGCAAACGCUUCGAUCAAACCAAUGAUUGAAAAAUCGACAACGAUUGCCACACAAAAUAGUGUUCUUCUCGUUAAAUAGUACACACAGUUUUUUUUAAGUUAGAUUUUUGUGUGUGCUUUUUUCCGUUUCAAAUUCCAUUUAUUUGUUUUUAUUUCUCUCUCGAAUUACUUUAAUAUAGUUGGAAACACACAAAUUCCAUUCUGACACGAAAAGAAAGAAAAAAGACAAAUUGCAAAUAAGCUUAUUAUAUAUAUAUAUAGAUAGAUAUUAUUAUUACUAUUAUUCAGAGUGGCAAAUUCGAUGAACAUUUCAAAUGCAUUUUUCGUUGCAAUUUAUUACGUAGCGAAAAAAUGUACUUUCUCUCUCUCACUCACACAAAAAAAAAAAAACAGUAUACCGAUAUACACACUAUACAUUUAUAUUGAAACUAAUUAUCGUUAUAUACACAUAUAAUUCAAACAAUAUUUUUGUUAAUUUCUUUACCUAUUUGAGUGCAACAUAGUUUAUAUUUUUAAUACACGUUGAACUUGUAAUGAUGAUAAUAAUCUUAUGCAGAGCACUGAAAAUGGAAAAAAAAAUACAGCCAACACUCAGAAAUUGUCAUGCUUCAGCCCUGGGGGCGGUUACUUUAUAAAAAUACACAAGAAUUGUGUUGCUGCCGCAAUAAUGAGUGCAACUGGAUUGAUAAUACAGUGUUUUUAAAUACACAAUAAUUUUGAUCUAUAUUUGAAAUGAAAAUUGAGCUUUGUACAGAAGAGCGUUUUUGUCUUUGAAAAAUUCAAAUCAUAAUUCGUCAAUUAGCAGUUUUAAAGCACCAGUUUUGAAUCAGAAGGAAAAAAGAAAAUAAAAAUCUUUGUCAAUUUAUGCGCCAUAGUUCAGUUCGGCUUGAUUUACUGAAUGCAAUCUCGAAUUUUGACUCAAAUUUUUUGAGGGGAAACAAAUAUCAAGCAAAUCGCUAUGGCCAUUGUCUUCAACUUGUAGCAUUCUUUUUUAUCAAAAUCGUCAAUCUUAUUUCAAACUUCUCCAAAAUCAGAGCGAUUUAAAAUUGCACAAUAUUUAUUGAAUUUUUUUUUUCCUUUUUCAAAUUAUAAAUCUAAUGACAGCAGGGGAAAUUUCUGAGUGUGUGUUUCGUAUUUUAUGGAACAGGUACAAAAAAAAAAACAGCCAAAUAUCAUGCAAAUAGUAAUUGUAAAUAUGAACUGGCUUGUGAUGAUGAAACCCCAGAUUAAUUAAACGAAUUGGUCAAUGAAUCGAAUCAAAUAUACAGGUCAACAAGGAAGCUAAAAGUUGUCUCUCAGGAAAUUCCUGAACCAUGAAUGAGAAUUCCUGCUGUAAAGCAAAUAUCAUCAUACGGUUCUUGUGCGUCUGAACAAAACAUAAGAUUCAGGCAUUGAACAAAGAGUUUAAGAUAUAUAGACGGAUAGAAAAAAAAAACUUUGUUGAAUCGGUCAAUACACGGCAUGGGUAGUUAAAUUCAAUUUAAGUAUUUCGUAUUUCCAAAGUGUUCAAGAGGAACAAAGAAAUUUUGAAUCUUUGCACAAACAGAAUGUAAUAAAAUUGCCCGUGAACGGUGUUGUAAUUUUGUUUUUUAAGGAAAAAAAAAAUCGGUCACAAACAACGACUUGUGAGUGAAUUAAAUAUGCAGCAGGUAACACUUAAAAAAAAUUAGCUCGAUCAAACAUUCGAUUGGAUAAGAUUGUGUGUUGCUCAGCAAUAUAUGUAUAGUUUAGUAAGCAAAAUUGCGCGGUGUAGCAUUAUUUUUACUUUUUCUUAAUCUCUAAUCCCAUAAUACACCACCAUGUUGAAUAAAAGUAAAGAUUUAUUUUUCUUAAGAAAAAA